AUGACAACGAUGCUGAAGAAGAUAAGAACGACGAUAAUGAUAAGAAUGAAUAGUUAUAGUAAUGACAAAAACAACGGUUACUAUGAUGAUGAUUUCAACGAUGAUGACGAUGUUGACGUCAAUGAUAUCAACAACGAUAAUAAAGAUGACAUAGUGUCGAUGAUAGUUAUAAAGAUGACUAUGAUGUCAAUUAUUGAUACUAACUAUGACGAUGACAAUGACGGUGGGGAUGACGAUGAGGAUAAGGAUAACGAUGAUGAUAACGAUGACGUCAACCAUAAUGACGAAAACAUUAAAAACAAUGAUGAUGACUUUAAGAAUGACGAGAACAACGAUGACUUUUCUGACAAUCACACCAAAGAUGACGAUUUUGUCGUCGAAGACAUCAACAAUGAAAAUGGCGAUGACAAUGAUUAUGCGGAUAAUAAAAUGAACAUUAUGAUAAUGAUGACGAUGAUGAUGAUUUGGAUGACAAUUAUGUUGAACGACGAUGAUGACGAACAUGAUAAUCACGUUAACAACGAUAACUUUUAUGACAAUAACAACGGCACUGAUAAUGUUGACAGCAAAUACAUCAACAACGAUAACGAAAAUGAUGAUGACUAUAAUAAAAUUGAUGACUAUGAUGACGUUGACGAUAUUAUUAACGAUGUUCCCUACCACAUUUACACAUGA